UUCACUCCCAUCUUCAGCAAGAAAAGUGGCAAGGAGAGAAAAAUCUCCAGUAACCAUGGUGUUCCCUAGGAUGGUUUUUCUGAUUCUGAUCAACUUUUUCAUUUUGCAGACUGCUUCAUCAAGCUCUUGGCAGACAUUGCAUAGGAAGCCUCCGGUUGUGGUUGCUAGAGGAGGGUUCUCUGGUUUGCUUCCAGAUUCCAGUGAAAAUGCGUAUAAGUUGGUGAACUUGACAACUUCUCCAGAGGUAACACUAUGGUGUGACCUUCAGCUAACAAAGGACGGUGCCGGAAUCUGCUUCCCAAACCUGAAUCUUGAUAACGCUUCUAAUGUCAAGGACGUUUACCCAAAUCACAAAGAAUGGCUUUCUGUUGGUUUCACAUGGAAGGAACUCUCUACCGUGACUUUGAAACAGGGUGUUUUCUCAAGACUACAAAUCUUCGAUGAUGUUUCCUAUAUAUUGCCUGUUGAAGAAGUAGCAAAACUAGGGACUUCAGGCCUUUGGUUAAACAUUCAGCACAGUGAUUUCUACGCGCAACACAAUUUAAGCAUGAGAAAAUUUGUUCUGUCUCUAUCAAGCCACAUGAAAAUCAACUUCAUAUCUUCUCCAGACAUCAGUUUCCUGAAGAGCGUGAAAAAAGAUUUCAAACCAACUAAGACAAAGCUCAUCUUUAGGUUUUUGAGUCAAGACCAGAUAGAUCCCUUCACCAACCAAUCUUACGCCUCUCUUGCCAAGAACCUAACCUUUAUAAAAACUUUUGCAUCUGGCAUUCUUGUCCCAAAAUCUUACAUAUGGCCCCUAAGUUCAGAUCUUUACCUGCAACCCCACACGUCGCUUGUCACAGAUGCUCAUGGACAAGGCUUACAAGUUUUCGCAUCGGAGUUUGCCAAUGAUGCCGUAUCUGCGUAUAACUACAGCUAUGAUCCAACGAAUGAGUAUUUAUAUUUCAUUGACAAUGGAAACUUCUCUGUUGAUGGUUUCUUAUCAGACUUUCCAGUGACUCCUUAUAGAGCCAUCAAUUGCUUCUCUCAUUUAGACAAGAAAAAAGCUAAGAAGCAAGCUAAUAUAACUAUUAUCUCCAAGGAUGGGGCCAGUGGAGACUUCUCUGGCGGUACUGACUUGGCAUAUGAGAAAGCUAUUAGAGACGGCGUUGACUUUAUUGAUUGCAAUGUCCAGAUGUCCAAGGACAAGAUCCCGUUUUGCAUGAGCUCCAUAGAUCUUAUGAACAGCACUAACGUCUUUUACACAAGCUUCAGAAGCCUGAUGUCAAGAGCACCAGAGAUUCAGCAGGGAAGUAGAAUCUUCACUUUCAGCCUGACCAUGUCUGAGAUACAAACCUUAAAGCCUGUCAUUUCUGAUCCUCAUAGGGUGUAUGGUUUAUUCAGAAACCCAAGAAACAAGAACCUUGGAAAGUUUCUUACAUUAUCUGAGUUCUUGUUACUUCCAAACCGCUACAGCUCUCUCUCAGGCAUCUUGAUAAAAAUAGAGUAUGCAGCAUAUCUAGCAACACAUCAAGGAAUCAGCAUAGUUGAUGCUGUACUAGAUGAGUUGAAGAGAGCUACUAGUCAAGUAUUGAUCCAGUCUACUGAUAAGGCUGUCUUGAUGGAGUUCAAGGAGAAGGGGAAGAUGACUAACGAAGAGCUGGUCUAUGCAGUCGAUGAAGACAUCCAUGAUGUCACAGAUUCCGCAAUCAAAGACAUCAAGAGUUUUGCAGGCUCCAUUGUCAUCAGUAAGAAGUCAGUUGUUCCCUACAGCGAAGGGAUUACCAGGCUUGAGAAGGAAACAGAUGUUGUCCCAAGGCUGAGAUCAAGCGGUCUUCGUGUGUACGUUGAGACGUUUAGCAACGAGUUUAUAACUCAGCCGUAUGACUUUUUCUCUGAUCCAACUGUGGAGAUAGACUACUUUGUCCGAGCAGAUAAUGAGAUCGAUGGCAUCAUUACUGACUUCCCAGCGACCACUUCAAGAUACAUAAAGAACCAAUGCUACAGCAAAAUGGAGCAGAUAAGAACCGGUGAGCUCGUAUCUUUGGCUAAUCUAGAGAUUCUUUCACCAGCUGAAGCUCCAUAUCCACUACUACUUGACUCAAAUGUCACGGAACCACCUCUGCCUGAAGUAAGAAGCCAGCCUCCUGCACCUGCACCAGCACCAGCAAAGGCAAAUGUGAAGUCAAAGGCAAAAGCAGUACAAGUUUCCUCUACGGUUAGAGCCAUGGUGGUUCUUGUGAGCAUCUUUAUCGUAGUUUAGUGUUAAGUGCUUGUAACUGACUUCAACUGCAGUAUCUGCAAGUAAAACUAUGAAGCACAAAA